CACCCAAUCCCCAGCUCUCCUGUACCCUGCGUCGAUCGGGAACCGCCGCUUACCUCCCCGCCUGCCUGUCCGUCUGUCUGUCUUGUCCUCCAUCUGUCUGCCUGCCGAGUCGUCUGCCUAACUACCUGACUGCGAUCCGUGUGUGCGUGCGUAUCUGUGUGUCUGUUUUGUGUCCGUGUGUUUGGGACCUGGGUGGAAUGGACCUUCCUCCCGCUAUACCUAUUACCCGCCGACGCCGCCCCUCGUACCCUCAAUCUCCCCGCUGCCGCCCUCUCCUCCGCCAACGUCAACGUGAACGCGAUCGCCAUAACACCCGCCUCGUCGCGGCGACAACAUGGCCAACAAGCAGAAUGGCAACAUCUCCCAACCACAGGAUGCACAGCAAAACUCCACAAAUGCCUCCGAGGAGAGCUCCACACCGAAUCGCAUCGCACACACCCUAACCGCCUGCUGUCGGUGUCGCACGCGUAAGACUCGAUGCGAUCCUGGCCUCCCCCGUUGCGGCCCCUGCGAACGAACAAAUUCCCACUGCGAAUACUACGAUCCUACCAAAGGCGCAAAGAUCCCCCGCAACUACGUCGUGCACCUUCAACACAAGGUCCGUGACCUCGAGAAGCAGCUGGCCGAUCUCGAGAGAGACGACGUCGAACCCGAUGCCGAGGAUGUCAUGCGCGGCGCCGCCGCCGUCAGGACCCAGGAGUCGGACGAAUCCAAAUACUUGGGUCCCUCGAGUGGUAUAACAAUAACGCGCCUGGUGAUGCAGCUGGCGAAGCAGUUCACCGACUCCAAGAGCAUAUCCGAGAUCGUACCCCACGCAAGGGCUCGGUCGAUCAAGGCUACGUUCGACGAAGAAGACAAGAAACCCACGUCUAAAGUCUAUCCGCUCAUCAGCGACGUCGCCGCCGAGGAACUACCAAAUCGCGAUCUUGCCAAUUUGCUAGUAGAGCUCUUUUACAGUAAAGUGCACCCAAUGUAUCCCAUGUUUCACGAACCCACCUUCACGCAGGACGUCGAGGACGUUUACAAUGGCUCGACGGAUCCCUACCAGAACUUCUGCCUCCGCAUGGUCAUUGCCAUCAGCCUUCAAAAGAUGGACACACAGUACGCUGGUCUUGCAGACAGCUACUAUCUCGCCGCCUUGAAAUUCUUCGCCGCCGCUAUCAAGCCCAUGAAUCUAAAGACCCUACAAUGUUUUGCCCUAAUCGCGGGAUACUCCCUACUCACGCCGACCAGAACCGCGGUCUACUACAUCAUAGGCCUCGGUAUCCGACUCUGCCAGGUUCUAGGUCUGCAUGAGGAGAAGACCAUUACCAGGGGCCCCGGAGGAAGGCCCGCCGAUCAUCUCGAGGUAGAUAUGCGCCGGCGGCUGUUCUGGUGCUUGUUAACCAUGGAUUACGGACUUGCCCACAGCCUCGGUAGACCGGCGCACUUUGCGACCCGGCAGGAGCACAUCGACGUCAACUUUUGUGAACUCGUCGACGACGCAUACAUCACCAAGGAGGGAACCCAGCCUGCUCCGCAUAACUCGCUGAAGAAAUGGAUAGCGAUUCACUUCUUCAAGAUGCGAAUGCUCCAGCUGGAGAUUCGCAGGAAACUAUACCAAAGGAAACGCCCCAAUCCCAAAGAUGACCAGGACCCCUGGUUCGCCGAAAUGCUAGGCAAGAUGGUCGCGUGGCGCGAUACGAGCCCAGAGAUGGACGGAGGCUCUGGGUUGAACAAGGUCUGGUUUAUCGGAAGAUACAACACGAUGGUGGUCUUUCUGUUCCGGCCCUCGCCACAAGUUCCACGACCAUCCGUUCACGCAGCGCAGCAAUGCUACGAUGCAUGCGAGUACAACAUCUACAUGACCCGGAAACAGAUCGAGACAAAGAGUGUCGACAUGACAUGGAUCUUCACACAAGCCAUCUUCAUGGCCAUCAACACUCUUCUAUGGACACUGUCCUAUUCUGAAGUUCGUCGUGCACACAGCCGAGAAGAUGUGGAGCAGCAUCUACGAGUUGCCCUUGAAUCGAUCGAACUUUCGUCUGAGCGAUGGCCUGGGGUAGCAUCGGCGCUAGAGCUCUACAAGAAUCUUAUUGCAGCAUGUAUGAAGAUCUACGACAAGGAUGGCGACAUUCCCAUUGCGGCAGCUUCCCCGUCCGACAGCGCCUCUGUGGUAUCCAACAGCAUCGUAGACGGCGUCAACAGAUCUCGUACGACCAGUCCAGCCAGCGUAUCCACGGCCUCAAUCAACACACCCUCAGAGCCGCCGUUUGGCUAUAUACCUAACAACAACCAGCCACUUUUUGGCUUGGCUACGACGCAAGCCCCACCCAUCAACCAAAUGCCAUCCGUGCAACCAUCCCCUCAGCAAUACGCCCCUCAGCAAUAUGUAGAUCUCAGCCCAAAGAGCACCAACAUCGAACCAAACAUACCAUCUUUCAACUUCACCCCAACGAACCAAUUCACGCCUCUACCUACUACUUUCGCAGAGCUUACCCAGUGGACACCCAGUUUCGCCUACCCACAGCAGGAAUCAUAUGCCAUGGCACCUCCCAUGGGCCAACCCAUGUCUUCGCCGGUUUAUAACGAGAGCUAUGCCGCCAACCAGGGCUAUCCGAUGACCGACUACUUGUAUCCGCAAUGGAGUCAAGAGAGCAGGGGCAUGGGUUUGAACCAAGAGCAACAGAUGGAGUUGAUGCAAUCAUUCGAGGCAAAUGAGACUGGCAAGAUCGAGGCCAUGAUCCAACAAAGCAAUCAGAUAUUCAGACCGCAUAUAAGAACGCAUUAGCAAGAGAUGUAAAUUUGGUACAUACAGAGAGUUGGCACGUCGGGCCGGCCGCCUGCUAGUUUUUUAUGUCUAAAACAGUGCCUUCGCGAGGUUUGUCGCGAGCAGUUAAGAUUGUUUACUGGCUACAGUACACUCUUUAACUGGCACUUUAGGUAUAAAACAUACUAUCAGGUGGCCAGCCCGA